AUGUGCCGCAAGAGAAAGGAUGUGCAAUCUACCAAGAUGCCUACUGAUUCCAUUGAAGAAGAGGGACCAAAACGCAUUAAGUCUGAGACGCGUGAGAACAAUAUUCAGUUUAUAGAUGACUGUGUCUUGCUACCACCAGCAGUGAAGUCAUGGCUUUCGCACAUCGGCGUUAACACCGAUAAAUACGCGCGCACGCUCUACCAGAUUGCGAAUGGCCGAAAGAAACGCUAUUAUCGCGUCGUAUCGUACACUGGUUCGGCGCAGAGAGGCAGAGAAUGUACGGAGGAUUCAUUGAGCACAGCUCGUCUUCAAGAAAUGUGCCAAUUGGAUACGGAAUACAUACACACUACGGAAGCGAAGGCGCACUCAACAGCUUACUCGUGUGAUGAGCAACCAGCACAGCAUUAUGUUAAUGGCGUAAUUCGUGACGGAAGUUGCGAAUUCGAACGUAUUAGCCGACAGACGCCACGCGACCCCGUUGUAACAUGGCUACGAGACGUCACGCUCCACGAGUGUUACGGAAUAAUCCCCGAGGGCGCUGUUGGCCUAGAUGCCGCCAGCGCUGCUGUUGUCGACGCACUAAGGUUGUAUGAACUCACAGAACAGUCGGGUACUAAAUGGAUUUUGGACAUGUGUUGCGCGCCCGGUGGAAAGCUUCUCGGCAUGGUGAGUUCUCUGAAACACAUGAGGAAAAAUAAAGGAAAUUGGAAGCUCAUAGGUUUGGACAUGGUCAAACGACGUUUAGACGUAUGCGCUUCUUUGCUGAAAAAAGAGUCAGCUGUAGAUAAUAUUGAGGUACAUCUGCUGAAUUGUAGAGGCCAGGACUUCACCGAGUUUGAAGGAGAAUUUAUGUUUAAUCGUUUCGACCGCAUAUUAGUCGAUGCUGAGUGUACGCAUGAAGGAUCGCUUCGAUCGGUGUUGCGCACGUUGAAGUAUUGGGGCGCACAUUCUCUAGAGAGCCGAUUCACACCGGCGCACGCAUCUUCUAUAAUAUGCAACCAACGCGAGCUCCUUAGACAUGCUUUGAAAUUAAUACGCCCCGGAGGAUUGGUUGUCUACAGUACGUGUUCAUUACACGAUGAGCAAAAUGAGCUUCUGGUGGCCAAUGUCUUGAGGGAAUUCGAUAAUGUGAGAUUACGACAAUUGCCAAUAUUAUCUUGCCGUUGUUGUUCUCCAACAUCUGCUAGAACCGGUAUUUGGCCUGCGUCGUCUACUGAGUCUCUGUUUAUGCAGCACUGUCAUCCACGCUACCUUCCUGAUAGAAAUAUACAUGGGCAGAAACACCAGUGCGACAAUACAGAGUCGCCUAUUUGCGUCAGGUUCGACCCAUUAGGACCUGAAACAGAUGGUAUUUUCAUCGCAGCAAUAACGAAAAAUGGCAACUGA